UCCUGCUGAGGGGUGGGGACGCCGCGAGCCGGGUCCUGCCGCAGCCCCAGGCCGGUGGCGCCGCCGUGCCGGAGCGGCUCUAGGGUGGCGGGGGAGAGUCCGCGGCGUGCCGCAGGCUGGCCCUGAGUGCCCGGUGUCCCCGCGUCUCCCGGCUGGUGGCGCUGAAAGAGAGGGGAGGAGGGGAAAAGAGCAGUGAGGAAACAAGAUCCCGGGUGAAUAGGUUGUUCCGCAGAUCUGUGCGGAAACACUGUGUUAAACCCUGCGAGCCCACAUUAAAAAAAAAAAAAAAAAAUGAAGAAAUUAAGGCUGAAGGAACUAGAGAGUCGCCUUCAACAAGUGGAUGGAUUCGAAAGCCCCAAGCUCCUUUUAGAACAGUAUUCGACGAGGCCGCACAUUGCAGCAUGUAUGCUGUAUACAAUCCAUAAUACAUAUGAUGACAUUGAAAAUAAAGUGGUUGCAGAUCUAGGAUGUGGUUGUGGAGUGCUUAGCAUCGGAACUGCGAUGUUAGGAGCAGGAUUGUGUGUUGGAUUUGACAUAGAUGAAGAUGCACUGGAAAUAUUUAACAGGAAUGUGGAAGAGUUUGAGUUAACAAAUGUUGACAUGGUUCAGUGUGAUGUGUGCACAUUACCUAAUAGAAUGCCCAAGUCUUUUGAUACAGUAAUCAUGAAUCCUCCCUUUGGGACCAAAAAGAAUAAAGGGACAGACAUGGCUUUUCUCAAGACUGCUUUGGAAAUGGCAAGAACAGCAGUGUACUCUCUACACAAAUCCUCAACUAGAGAACAUAUCCAAAAGAAAGCUGCUGAAUGGAAAAUCAAGAUAGAUAUAAUUGCAGAACUUCGAUAUGACCUUCCAGCAUCAUACAACUUUCAUAAAAAGCAAUCAGUGGAUAUUGAAGUGGACCUAGUUCGGUUCUCUUUUUAAAAGCUUCCAGAGACAAAGCAGCUUACAAGCUAAUUAAGAAGAAUAAAAAAUUCUGUUUACUGAA